AUGAGUGAGAAAGAAGUCCAAGAACCUAUGGCUAGUCGAGGAAGCAAGAGAACUAUAAUUGAAAGAAUUGAAGGCAGUGAUGACCAAGGUUACACCAACAGUCAGGGUGGAAAUUCCAUGGACAAGUUUGGAAAAGGAAAUAGUUCUUCCCAUGCAGCUGAUGUGGCUUUAGCCAGAAAGAUGAAGGCCGUAGCCAACUUGGAGGUUGAUGGUUCAAAAGUGAAUUCCCAGGUUCCAGCAUGUCCUCUAGGAAAAAAUGCACAAGCUACAGCUUCAAGAGUGGAUACUUCCACAAACCAAAGAAAUUCUGAUUUUUACAUAGACCGGGUAUGUGACCUUAUCGUUGGAAUGUCACUAUAUACUGAGCCAACCAAAUCAAAAGUACGCGAACUUGCACAUAGGGCUAUGUAUGAGUUAUCAAAAGUAGCUGUUGCUGGAAAACCCUUAUGGAAAUCACAAAAUGGCCAAAAGUUUGAGACUAUGGAUAAUAUUGAAUAUUUGAGAACUUAUGCUGGCCUUGAGGAAACCAUAGACGGGAUUAAAAAUUUGAUUAAGGUUGGAGAUCAUCAAGAUUUUCCAAGCUUCAAGUCACUUAGAGUUGGAUAUGCUCCUAAGCCAAAACCACCUCCAAGAGAACGUAACACUAUCGAAUCUUCUCGAGUUAUAAAAGAAGUUAAAAUGGAUCCACUUAACAUUGUUCAAUUACUCAUGAAUGUGAUGAAUGCUGAAUUUCAGUUGCCUACACCAUUUGUGGCUACCAGAGAAUGUUAUUUUGUAAGGUACUCUAAGAAGCUAUCUGAUGAUAUCUGGGGCGUUGCGGAUAUUUCGAUGGAAAAGAUUUUCCCUUCACCAGAUAUCAAAUUUCGAAGAAGGCCAUCAGGUUGUUUGAUUAAAGCAAUGCCAAAUGGAUACUCUAAGGUUAUAUGGGUGGAGCAUGCGGUAGACAAUGACGAGUAUAGCAUGCAUUUCAGCCAAGUAGUUUCUUCAGGUUUGGCCUAUGGUGCAUCGCGUUGGGUUGAUUCUUUGGUUCGAAGUAUUGAAUGCUAUGGAAUUCCGAAAACAGUACCCAUUCCAUUACAUGACGAGAUUACUGAAGCGGGGAAAGAAAGUCUCUUAAAUCUGGCAGAAAGAAUGAUGAGAAGCUUUUGUUGUGAUAUCAGUGCUUCUUACAGAAACGACUGGACAACCGUUAAAUCACUUCUUGGCUUUCAUGAAGUGAAGGUCAAGGUUAAGGAUAUUAUAAGCGAUUUUGGAAGACCUCGAGGUGCAACAGUGAUUUUCUCUAGUUCUGCUUGGCUCCCAACCUCGCCGAACAUAUUAUUUGACUUCCUUCGUGACCCCACUUGUAGAAAGAAGUGGGACUUGCUUUCAACUAAGUGUGAUUCUGUUCGAGAGAUAUCCUACGUUAUUCAAGGCAAUGAUCCGAGGAAUCGUGUUUCCAUCAUUCAACUGAAGGACGGUAUCAAUGAUAUGCUGUAUGUGCAAGAGAGUUACAUAGAUUCAACAGACACCGCCCGCAUAGUUUAUUCUCCAAUACACAAGUUAGCUCUGUCAUAUCUUAUCAAUGGAGCAAAUCCACUUUAUGUGUCUAUUGAACCUUCAGGGUUUACUAUCUUUCCUGAUGGUGGGAUGCCAUUGAAAGGUGAUGAUAACAGUGGUGGUGGAAGCAUUUUAACUAUUGCAUUUUCUAUCAUGCUAAGUACCGCAAAGGUUACGCCACUCAUUGUUCCUCCUGGAGCAAUAGCUAGGUUCAAAAAUUUAAGUGUUCACACACUUAAUGGUAUAAGGGAUGCGCUUCUCCAGGACAAUGCAUCGAUAAUGCAAAAUUUCAUAGCUUCGAAGUGA